GCCGCCGCCGCCGCCGCGAUGGGCAACACGGUGCACCGGACCCUGCCAGACCCGAGCCCGCCCGCCCGCCUGCUGGCCACGCGCCCCUGCUGCGGCCCCGGCCCCGGCCCCGGCCCCGAGCGGCGGCCGGCCCUGGGCGAGGCGCCCCGCUUCCACGCGCAAGCCAAGGGCAAGAACGUGCGCCUGGACGGGCACUCGCGCCGGGCCACGCGGCGGAACAGCUUCUGCAACGGCGUCACCUUCACGCAGCGGCCCAUCCGCCUGUACGAGCAGGUGCGGCUGCGCCUGGUGGCCGUGCGGCCCGGCUGGAGCGGGGCGCUGCGCUUCGGCUUCACGGCGCACGACCCCUCGCUCAUGAGCGCGCAGGACAUCCCCAAGUACGCCUGCCCGGACCUGGUCACGCGGCCCGGCUACUGGGCCAAGGCGCUGCCCGAGAGCCUGGCGCUGCGCGACACGGUGCUGGCCUACUGGGCCGACCGCCACGGCCGCGUCUUCUACAGCGUCAACGACGGCGAGCCCGUGCUCUUCCACUGCGGCGUGGCCGUGGGCGGCCCACUCUGGGCGCUCAUCGACGUCUACGGCAUCACGGACGAGGUGCAGCUGCUCGAGAGCGCCUUCGCCGACACGCUGCCGCCCGCGCGCCUGGGCCAGGCCCGCUUCAGCGCCUGCCCGCCGCCGCCCGGCAGCCACGACGCGGCCAACCUGGACAACAACGAGCUGGAGAGCCACCAGGUGGUGGCCAAGCUGGGCCAGCUGGCGCUGGGCCGCGCGCCCGCCGACGCGCCCGGGGGCGCGGCCGCCGCGGCCAUCCCCUGCGGCGCGCCCCGCGAGCGCGCGCGCCCCGCGUCCUGGCCGGCGCUGCUGGAGGCCGACGCGCGCUUCCACGCCACGCGCGGGCCGGACGUGAGCCUGUCGGCCGACCGCAAGGUGGCCUGCGCGCCGCGGCCCGACGGCGGCCGGACGCUGGUGUUCUGCGAGCGGCCGCUGCGGCCCGGGGAGAGCCUGUGCGUGGAGGUGGGCCGGCCGGGGCUGGCGGCGCCCGGCGCGCUGGCCUUCGGCAUCACGUCGUGCGACCCGGGCGCGCUGCGGCCCGCCGAGCUGCCCGCCGACCCCGACGCGCUGCUGGACCGCAAGGAGUACUGGGUGGUGGCCCGCGCGGGGCCCGUGGCCAGCGGCGGCGACGCGCUCAGCUUCACGCUGCGGCCCGGCGGCGACGUGCUGCUGGGCGUCAACGGGCGCCCGCGCGGACGCCUGCUGUGCGUGGACACCACGCAGGCGCUCUGGGCCUUCUUCGCCGUGCGCGGCGGGGCCGCCGGCCAGCUGCGCCUCCUCGGUACGUUGCAGUCCAGUCCCGCCACCACCACGCCCUCCGGCUCUCUGAGCGGCUCCCAGGAUGACAGCGACUCCGACAUGGCCUUCAGCGUCAACCAGUCGUCCUCAGCCUCCGAGUCGUCCCUAGUGACGGCCCCCAGCUCCCCGCUGAGCCCCCCUGUGUCCCCCACCUUCUGCCCCCCGGAGCCGGCGGGCAGCAAGAACAGCGAGUGCACCGUGUGCUUCGACGGCGAGGUGGACACGGUCAUCUACACGUGCGGACACAUGUGUCUGUGUCACAGCUGCGGCCUGCGGCUCAAGCGCCAGGCACGGCCCUGCUGCCCCAUCUGCCGGCGGCCACUCAAGGACGUCAUCAAGAUCUACCGGCCCUAGCACGGGGCCCGACACCCCCGCGGGAAGCCGGGGUGG